GGAAAUGCUAUAUCGAGGGCUGUUUCAAAGCAAAACAAAAUAUUAAAUAACAUAAAUAUGGGUAAAUAAAUAGUGCAAAUGCGUUUUCUUGGUAGAAGUUCCAGCAAAUUUUAUCCAGUUGAAUCAAGAGUUCAGGUCCCCAAUAUUCCAAAGCUCGCUGAUAAUAAUAACUACUGGCCAUGGCGGAUCCUCUUGCGUUCUUAUUUGGAUGCUGUGGGACUGUGGUCUAACAACCAUCCAGAUGAUUGCCCCAGGAGCAAGUUCAUUCUGUUGAGUACAUUGGAAACGUGGCUUAUAUUGCGAGAAUAUGAAACCAAAACAGCGGUUGAUAUAUUCAACGAUUUAGAAACCCGUUAUGGAACAAGAAAAUGAAAUGGAAAAUGGGUUGAAUCAAAUACCAAGUGAAUUAGUAUUUGAUUCAUGGAUUUGGAAUUAUUAGGACCUACUUGUAAGAUCUGUUCUAACCUUACAUCCGUUUUAAGCCAUAACUUCAUCAUUGGCUUUCGAAAAAUGCAUUAAAAUGAAAAUAAAAUAAAAAAUAAUUUCUUUGACAGCCAUAAAAGAAA